AUGUUAGAAAUAGACGAAAAUUUGGUCAAAAAAUUAAUUCAAAAUCAGUUUCCUAAAUGGGGUUGCUUAUCAAUACGUCCGGUAGAAAAAAGCGGACAUGACAAUCGAACAUUCUACUUAGGUGAUAAAAUGACUAUCCGAUUACCGAGUGGAAAAGAAUAUGCUUCACAAGUCGAAAAAGAACUAUUUUGGUUGCCAAAGUUAAAAAAAUAUCUUUCUUUGCCAAUUCCUAUCCCAUUAGCAAAAGGAAAGCCGACGGAUUUGAAUCAAUUUGCUGUUGAUUUAGCAGGAUUUUUAAGUGAACUUCAAGCAAUUAACACUUCCAAUGGACCACGCCCAGGGAAGCACAAUUUUUAUCGAGGUGGAGAUUUAUCUGUUUAUCACGAGGAAACACAAACAACCCUCAAAAAACUUAAAUCGGCGCUUCCAACCGAUAAGUUAAAUAACAUUUGA